AUAUGUCUACUUCUUCACAUACCGUACUUCUGAUUCAAACAUCACCACGUCUUGAUUCACGGACUUGGGGAGAUUAUGAGAGUGUAACUGACGCUCUUGAUGCUCUUUGCAAGAUGUUUGAAGAUUUCCUUUCCAAGAAAUCAGCUGCUCCAGUCACAUACGACGUGUCGCAAGUCUACGAGUUUCUCGAUAAGCUCUCCGAUGUUUCUAUGAUGAUCUUCAAUCGCGAAACCGGGCAAUACAUUGGUCGUACACGUGCAUGGAUCAAACAACAAGUCUACGAGAUGAUGCGUGGUCGUUGUCAGCAUCCGGAAGGUGGAGAGAAAGUCAUUGUUGGGUAUUGAUUACAUUGGAAAUAUUAUUCUCAUCUCGCUCUGAUCUUCAUGUGCUCGCCGGUCUUUUAUUUCUUCUUCCUUUUCAAUGAUUCUUGCUCAAUUUACAAUUCGAUUUCAAUUGCGAUAUUUUUAUACUUUCUGAUGAAUUUCUCACUAUGAAUAUUUCAAUUU